AUGCCUCGCCAACAACCUCGGACUGCCGGCGGGGCAACCAGCCAAAACACCACACAUAACAGCCUCCCGAAAGCACCACCCCAAAACACCCCCAACACCAAACUGGACGAAGGCAGGCAAUCACCAACAGCAAUCGACUGCCUCGCCGUCGGACCUAAAGCCCCAACACCAAGGAAGCCAGAAGAUCCAGGGGAAAAAGAGGCGAUGAACUCUGAUCCACCACAGCCACGGCAGUGGCCAGAUCCAAAGUCGUCCGACUCGUCAUCCAGUAGUCGAAACCCCACAUCCCACCGCCACAGAUGCCAUGAAGAAGAGCCUCACCACACCGAGACAACUGGGGAAGCGAUUUUUCUGGCUGGUUACAGACUUGCCAGAUGGUUUUUGCCUCCUUCCCCCACCGGUUCAUGCUUCUCGAGUAGGGGAUCACUCUAUGUCGCUCGUUUCGGCCUUGAGGAUAAGGUUCUCACUGUAGCUGACCUGCUUGCUUUCGGUUCACACUUGUUCUCAAUCACUGAAGGGCUCAGACUUGUAACAACCCACGAAUGA